GUUUUUUCUAUUUAUGGCUUUCCAUUAGUAUUGUUAUUGAUGAAAAUUGCCACCGCUUGACUCCAUUUCUUAUCCAAUCAUCAAAAUUCAUCGUCGUCGUCCUCAUCACUCGGAUCUGCAACUUUUUUGACUGAUCGAAAUGGCCAUCAACCCCAAGAAAAUCAUCAUUGACACCGAUCCCGGCGUCGAUGAUGCCAUGGCAAUAUUUGUGGCACUGAAAUCCCCAGAGGUGAAAGUGAUUGGCCUCACUACCAUUUAUGGCAAUGUUUACACUUCUCUUGCCACCAGAAACGCCCUACAUUUGUUGGAAGUAGCUGGAAGGACAGACAUUCCGGUGGCCGAAGGAUCUCAUGUCACAAUUACUAACGGUACGAAGCUUCGAAUUGCGGAUUUCGUCCAUGGCAGCGAUGGACUGGGGAACCAGACCUUUGAUGCACCAAAAGGGAAGCCAAUUGAGCAGAAUGCAGCUGAGUUUCUCAUCAACCAAACCAAUCUUUACCCUGGAAAAGUCACCGUUGUGGCAUUAGGCCCUUUGACAAACAUUGCACUGGCUAUCCAAAAGGAACCGGAGUUUGCUAAAAAGGUUGGCCAAAUUGUUGUUCUUGGUGGUGCAUUUGCAGUGAAUGGAAAUGUGAAUCCAGCAUCCGAAGCGAAUAUUUUUGGAGAUCCCGAUGCAGCAGAUAUAGUCUUCACAAGUGGGGCUGAUAUUGUGGCGGUUGGUAUAAAUGUGACACAUCAAGUUGUUCUUACCGCAAUGGAUCGGGAUCGGUUGGCCAAGUCAAAUGCAAAGUUUGCUAGGUACAUAGACAAGAUUACGGACGUGUAUUUUGAUUAUCACAACGAUGCGUACGGUAUAAAAGGUGAGAGCCUGAAUUGUGUGUACCUUCAUGAUCCAACGACGAUGCUUGUUGCGAUUGAUCCUUCAUUGUUCACCUACACGGAAGGCGUAGUUCGAGUCCAAACCGCGGGCAUCACUAGGGGCCUCACCUUAUUUUACAACAAACAAAAAAGGUUUGCAGAAGUGACAGAAUGGUGUGACAAACCCUCAGUGAAAGUGGCAGUCACUGUUGAUGCUCCCACUGUGGUGAACUUGAUCAUGGACCGCCUGAUGAUGCAAGAAGACCCUUCCUCUUAAUCUACCUUUUUUUAUAUUUCCUGAAACUGUUUUUUUAUAUAUACAUAUUUUAAGUACAUAAUAAAAGUUUUCCAGAACAAUUCUAGUCGUUUUGUAAGCAUUAUCCCCACAUUCCAAAUUCAUAAUUUCUGUGCCCUAUCAAACUGGAGAAGAAGAAACAAAAUAGGGACAGUGGU